AUGAAUGCGAAGCUCCCUGCAUUGUCGGAGACUGACGCAAAAUGCCGCAAUUCACCCGUAUGUAACGCACCUGUGUUAUGCGAUUUCGAGUUAGACAGCGAGGUACGACUGUCCACGUCGGAUUUGCGCUGGAAGUACCUCGACAUGCCAACCUUCGGCAGGCUACUUGAAGUGCUCUUCGCCUUCAAUGACCUGCGCGCUGGCUUCUGCGGCGAGAAGAGCGGUGCCACAGCUCCUCGUCCUUCUGUGCUGGUCGAGGAUGUGUAUAUACCCUGGGCCAUGAGCCGCUCCCUAAGCGGCACAUUGUUCACCGCCUUCUUCGCUCCACCUGAGAGGGAGUUGUAA